UGGGCACCAUUUUGAAGCUUAUUUAAUCGCCUUUCUAAUCACUGUAUCAUUUAAAUUUUUUCAUACCAUAGAAGGAUGGAUUUAAACCUAGAAACCAAUGGAAAACCUUCGGGUUCUAGACGCGAAUCGUUAUGCAAUGGAUUAUUCAUCAAUUCUUAUCGUAAAUUAAAAAAAAAUAAUUAAUCCCUUGCGUAUUCAAAAAGACAAGAUAACACUCAUCGAAACAUGUGGCACACCCUGACCACGAUUAUACAUAUACCAAAUGCAGUAGUUUCUGCACUUCGUGCUGAUAUGAAAUCCCGUGAAUGUAAAAUGCACGAGUUUUAAUAACAAAACUGUUGCCAAAUGCAUAUGUAGAAUGAGCAAGAAAAUGAAAUUGCCAGUAACAGCAGUGGUUGCAGUCAUGGGAAUUAUCGAGGGUUUUGUCAGUCGCGUUUCCACAAAUUUCAGUGAAAUAAAUUUUCAAAAAUCUGACAAUUUCAGCGACGAAUGGGAACAGAUGAACGAGUCAAUCCCGGAAUUUUAUGGCUCCCUGAAUUCGGAGUUUGGGAAUUUGUCGGAUUAUUGUGACGUUCGGGAAUGCAGAGGGAUCACUUGCCGGGAUAUUCCCGAAGGGAGAGACGUCGGAGUAAUCGUAUCCGGAUUUAUAUCCUCCACUUUUCACGUGCAGUGCCCACACGAGACUCAAAUUUCCUCUCUGAGGCUGAAAAAUUGCAGUUUUUCCGGUGGAAAAUUGAACUCCCAUUGGCUCACAACACAAUAUUCCGUCAUUGACUUGACUUUUGAAGACUGUGGCUUCACUAAUAUCGAGAGUAACGCAUUUUCAUCAGCAUUUGAAGCCACUAAACGUCUCGCGAUGAUAAAUACAGGUGUCAAGAAAUUACGGAAACACAUGUUUCAAGGCUUUGGCAGUUUGGCAAGCUUGACGAUUCGCAACUGCCCAGUGGACGAGGCGGACUACAAUUUACUCGAAAACGUCGCUGACGUAUUGGAAAAUAUCGAGUUGAACGAAUCGAUAAAUGACGUCGGAGUCCUAAAAAACAUAACGAGUGGACGUAAAUUAUCGAACGUUCAAUUGAUAUCGAUGCGGGGAAACACUAUAUCGAAAUUGUCGUCCGAAAUUCUCAGCGGAUUUCCGAACGUCAGGUCGAUUUAUUUAGACUCAUCGAAGAUUAAAAGUAUCGAUGCCGACGCGUUUCAAUCGUUUAAUUCACUUGAACAAAUUUAUCUGAACAAUAAUUCUCUCUCGACUCUCCCAGCGAACACCUUCGACACGAUCAUAUCGAUUAAUCGAAAUCUGAGGGUUAUAAUGAGCGAUAAUCCCUGGAACUGCAGUUGUUCGUUCGUGUGGAUCCAGAUGAUGAUCCGAAAUCGACCGAAUUUGUUCGAAAAUAUUCCGAAGUGCACGACACCCGAGAGAAAUUCUGGAUUAAAUUUUUUGGACGCCGAUUUUUGUGGAGAAAUCGAAUCGACAAGUGUUACCAACCCUCCGGAAUCAUCGAUAAAAAAAAUCGAUUGUCCUGCGAUAAUCGAUAAUCGAAACUCAUCUUCGAUAUAUCGAAACUAUCGAUUGUCAGCGAAAAUCGGAGGAUUUUACGUCGAGUAUUGCAAUAAUGGAAGUGUCCUCGUUCACGUCGAGCCCUCCAACAACCCCCAAUCACUCAUUUGGUUCAGGAACUCCCGCAGAAAUAAUUCGAUUAUUAUCGAUUGUUUGAUUGUCAAUAAUUCGAUAAUUUUGGGCAACGUCCAGAGGCAUUUGGCGUACACCGUGUGCCUCCUGGAGGAGACGAGGGGUCUGUCACCCCUGAAUUGUCUGGCUAUGACACCGGGACUCGCUGUCAAGAGGGGGUGGCUCGGGGUUGAUGACAAGCCAGCUGCGAUCGUCAUCGUUUUGGCGAUCACCAGCUUGGCAUUUGUCAUUGGGGGUGUCUUCUCAUUUUUAAUUGUUCUCAAGAAUCCUCACCUGAUCAGGGGAAGUCACAGGGUGAUUAUGGUCAAGCGUGGACGGGUGGACGCCAUGAUCCUGCCCAAGGGGGUGUUAUGGCAUGAGGUAGACAAAGAAAAGGGCUCAAGCGACGGCGGGAAAUUUGAAAAUAAUCUUCGAUCUGAAUAUUUGACGCCGAUAAGUCGAUCGAGAAGUCUAAUAUUUCAGGGGAAUUAUUAUGAUACGAUUAAAAAAUCGUUCUCUCGAGAACGUAGGGGUGGAAUUCAACCGCAGGCGCCAGUCGAGAGGGGGUGGAAGGCCCAAAAUUCGGAAAGUUACGAUGUUCCGCCGCCAUUGCCGCCCUAUCCCAGGCGGGAGAGAGAAUUUUCCACGAAUUUUCCGUAAUUAUUAUUUAAUUAAAUUUAUUUUAUCUUCUUCUUUCUCGAUUUUCAUUGACAUUUACAUUAAUUUCAUUCAUUAUUGAAUUAAUUGUAGAUUUUUUAUGAUCAAUUGUUAUUUUGCUUUUAUGAUUGUAAUUGUAAAUGGAAAAUAAACAAAGGAUCAAAGGGAAUCCUUGUACAUAUAUUUGAUAAUUGGUCGACGAUUGGAUUUUUUCCUUAAAAAUAAAAUUUAUUCGAUACAAAGCAAUUG